CCUCAUCCAGAUUAAUCCAGGUUAGAAAAAAGAAGAGAAAAAAAAAACAAACCAGGAUGACUUCUUAUAUGACACGGAAUCCUAUUGGCCGUGAUCCUAUGUAUGAUGACCGCCGUCCAGAGAGUUAUGUCAGCCGUCCAGUGCCCAGGGUGAAGCCAGAGGCCUCCCACAUAGCCACUGCCCAACAGGGAGGCUCUAUAGGUUUUAUGCUGGGGAUAACAGGCAAGGCUGUGGGACCAUCAAAGUGGAAAAAGAAUGAUCCACCUAAAGACCACUUUUCUGAGAAUGUGAAAAGGAUGAGGCAGAUACAGAGAAAGUCAAGGAAAAAGGAACAGGAGGCAGCCCAGCCACCAACUCCAGUCAAAGCCCUGUGGAAGUCUGAAAAAUUUAAAGAUGUCCAGUCCAAAGUUGUUGAAGAGUUAGAGAAAGAACCACCUGCACCAAGGCCACAUUCAGCAAAUUUCUUACGAUCACAUUCACGAUGUGGUGCUAUAUCUAAGGAACCACGUGCACCAUCCCCCGUACGGUGCCAGGCACCUGAGCACCGUGGAAAGUCUCCAAUACCACGACCAUCUAGUGCUGCUGAUACGCUUAAAAGAAACAAUUUUGACUUCAUCAGAAUCAAUGGUCACAAUGCUAAGUACUCUCAAAUGAAGCGAGCCCCUAGCCUCACUGCAUUGGAUGAUCUGAAGAAGAAAAAAGAAGAGGAAUUACAACAAUAUGAAAGAGGGAAAGUUCCUAAAUACUUGCAAGACCGUAAACAGCAGUGGAAAAAAGAGAUAGAGGACCGCAUUAAAAACCGUCCAGACCCUGACCUCCCCCCAGGACACAAACUCAUGCCAAAGGAGGAGAGGCUGGUCACUCUGGGCCAGCUUAAAGAGACACAAGCAGAACUGCUACGACAGCUGAAUUCACUACCCAUUAGGUCUGACACCUUGAGGGUAAGAACAAAAAAGGAGGAGCUAGAAACCAAAAUGGCAGAAGUAGAGGAGGCAAUCAAGAUAUUCUCCAGACCAAAAGUGUUUGUCAAGAUAGACAGCUAAUAGCUUUUACACACACAUUUCAAAAUAAUGGGAUUGUUUAUUUAGAUGGUGAGUGACGCAAUUUGUCUAGAUCUCUGAUAUCCUUAUACUCUAGGAUUACCAUGAGCUCAAUAUACCUAGGAGUUUACUACCCAUAGUGUAGUGAGGCAUUGAUGUGGAUUGCCCCUAAAAACAAACACAAAAUAAAUGAAUACAUAAACAAUAUUGUGUAAAUAAGUAUUGUUAAACAUACUUUGUGGUAUCCAGUAUCGUAUGUUAGGAAAGCAGAGCUGAUCCUUAUCAGUAUCUGAAUGCAGGACAAUCUUAGUGGAUGGGGUGGGGGUAGUUCAGAAAUUAUAAACACUCCACUGAGCGCAAGUGAACAGUUGUGAUUCUAGGGUUUGGGCUAUUGUUGAAAGUAGUUCAACAAUGAAGCUUUUUAAACAGCCCAUGGGAAUGUGAGGAGUUAAUACUGUUGUAAAAUCAAUGUAAAGAUAAUAUAUUGAAACCUUAUUGUGUAUGUCUUCAAUGACGUAGAAAUCCCCCACUGAUAUAAAUUGGAGUCAGUAGAAACCCACCCAAGUUGAGGAUCUCAGGGAUUGUGUCUCAAUGUCAUAUUAUAUUGGUUUAUUUGAAAUCUUUUUAGCACACGUAACACAAAUCAGAUCACUUUUUUGUGCAGGAAAUGCACACAGUCCAGCUUAUAUACUGUUGUGUUUUUAUAGCACAUAUUAUAUACCAAAUUCUUUAUUAUUUUACCUACCACAUUCACAAAUUUGCUUUUGCUUCUCAGUGUACAUUUCAUGUGUAUAUGGAGAUUUUUUAUAAAGAUGUAAGUACCUAUUCCAUUUCUUAAAACCUGCAGUCACUCUCUUUAUAGACUAGAUUUAACUAUGCAGUAUAUGCCUGUGAUAUCCUUAUUUCAUAAUCUCUAUACAUGUAUGGUGUCAGUGCAGAUGUCUCAGAACUUCAUAUUUGUCCAGUCUAUCUAAAGGUUGUUGGUGGUUAAGGGAAUCACCACAGUAUCUGAGAAUGAACUUUAAUCAUAAAAAUGUUAUAUUAACAUACUUUUGUGGGUUUUGAAUAUUCAACAUUUUCUGGUUAUUAAAGCAGACACCAACUAUUUGCUCAAGAGAUGUUGCUAUUCGCUCAGAGACUCUUCUACUGCAACCGGUGUGUUUUUGUGUUUGAUAAUAAGCAAGCUCAAAUAAAGAUAGUGUGACAAAAUGAAAGAUAAUCUUGAAAGAGGAGGGAAGUGCUGCAUUGCAAAGCAUAGGUCCAUAAUACAGCAGAUAAUGUUUUGUUCUAUUGUUAUUAUUUUCAUGGUAUAAUGCAACACGUAUGAAUGUUUGUAUGUAUACAGUUGUGACUUGAGCUUUGAUAAAUGUCUCUGUAGUUCCACAUUUAAAUUCUGUAUCAUAACCAAUUGUCUUGGAUAUUUCAAUGAUUAAACGCUACAAUCUGUAAAUAGAUUUAUUUGAUAAUAAAGUAUACAUAUUA